AUGGUGGAACAACCUAGAAUCAACUCUAAAAUGGAUGAAGCCAUCCGUAAGGCCAGGAUGUCAAAGACUACUAAUUCGACUGGCUCGCAUCGCCAUUACAUAAAGAAUGUUGAUAAGCCCGACAGGGCAUAUACAACUGAAAGGGCGAAGCGAGCUGGAAAAGCAAAUGCUUCGAGCAGCAAGAUUUUUGUGACAACUGCACAAGAUCAUUUUGGACCGAUCCUUCCCGAACAUGACCCCAUUAGGGAAACUGGCGUCCGAGUUGGAGAAAAAUGGACAGAUAGAUUUGAAUGUAGACAAUGGUGUGCUCAUUUGCCUCAUAUAGCUGGAAUUGCUGGCCAGAGCAGAUUUGGUGCUCAGUCAGUCGCCUUAUCCGCAGGCUAUGAAGAUGAUGAAGACCACGGAGAUUGGUUUCUUUAUACCGGAAGGUCCCAUAAAGAGAAACACUCUUUGUAUGCUCCUAAAUUAGGUGUGAGGUAUGAUGGAAUUUACAGAAUUGAGAAAUGUUGGAGGAAGAUUGGUAUUCAGGGGAAGUUCAAAGUCUGCAGGUAUCUCUUUGUACGCUAUGACAAUGAACCAGCACCUUGGACCAGUGAUGGUCAUGGUGACCGACCAAGGCCAUUGCCCGACAUUCCGGAGUUAGAAGGUGCAACUGAUAUAAAUGGGAGAGAUGAGCAACCUUCAUGGGCCUACGAUGAGAACAAAGGCUACUGGAAAUGGAUGCGUGAGCCACCAACGAGAAGGAAGGCUGGCAAUCUAUCGAAACAUAUAUCUGUCAAAAUCAACCGAGACAUAAUGGAUGUGAUUGAGUAUCUGCAACUGAAAGUCGAAGAAGAUGAGGAAUUCCAAGAUGAUGACCAAGAGGAAGAUGAUGGCGAUGGUAUGGAGAUGGAUGAAGCUGGUUGCAGCUUUAAUGUCGAAGAGGGUGACAAUGCUGAGGAUCAUAAGGAUAACCCAGCUGAUACAGAUGCUGAUGCUUGUGGCAAAGUUGUGGUUGGAAUCAAAGAGGAAGGCCAGCAGCCCGGCCAGAAGCGCAAGGGUGACACUGACGUUGGCACUGAUGGUCGUCCUAAUAAAAGGAUGGCAACCAGUGCUGACGUGGAACAACAGAACAGUAAGGGCGAUGAGGCAGACGUGUAA